AUUUUGAAAGCCCAGUGUUGCCCAGGGGGCAUCUCCUUUGUAUUUAUGAGAGACCUGCAUUCUCCCUGGCUCUGUUCUCUCAGGUUCUCUAGAGCUCAGGACCUCUGAGAAGAAUGGAGCCCUCCUGGCUUCAGGAACUCAUGGCUCACCCCCUCUUGCUGCUGUUCCUCUUCUGCAUGUCUCUGCUGCUCUUUCAGGUAAUCAGGUUGUACCAGAGGAGGAGAUGGAUGAUCAGAGCCCUGCACCAGUUUCCUGCCUGGUUCUAUGGCCACAGGGGGUUUUACCCAGUACAGGAGUUUGAGGUGUAUCAUGAACUGAUGGAAAAAUACCCAUGUGCCGCUCCCUUGUGGGUUGGACCCUUUACGAUGUUCUUCAGUGUCCAUGACCCAAACUAUGCCAAGAUUCUCCUGAAAAGACAAGAUCCCAAAAGCACAAUUAUCCACAAAAUCCUUGAAUCCUGGGUUGGUCAAGGACUUGUGACCCUGGAUGGUUCUAAAUGGAAAAAGCACCACCAAAUUGUGAAACCUGGCUUCAACAUCAGCAUUCUGAAAAUAUUCAUCACCAUGAUAUCUGAGAGUGUAUGGGUGAUGCUGAACAAAUGGGAGGAGCACAUUGCCCAGAACUCAUGUCUGGAGCUCUUUCAACAUGUCUCCCUGAUGACUGUGGACAGCGUCGUGAAGUGUGUCUUCAGCCACCAGGGAAGCAUCCAGUUGGACAGUACCCUGGGCUCAUACCUGAGAGCAGUGUUCAACCUUGGCAAAAUCUACCAGCGAAUGAACAAUUUCCUACAUCACAACGACCUGGUUUUCAAAUUCAGCUCUCAAGGCCAAAUCUUUUCUAAAUUUAACCAAGAGCUUCAUCAGUUCACAGGUUAGUCCUGGGAUUUACAUGACCAGAGUCCACUAUGAGACAUCUGAUUGUCUGAGACAUAGACUUUGGUUAUGGCUGCUUCUACUAUGGACAUAGGGCAUGGCCAUCAUUCAGAAAUGCUAAUUUGUACCUCUUAAAUGAAUGUGCUACAUAAAUCCUAGGUAGAGAGUAUAUUAUUGACUAUAUAUCUGCAUUUUAAUGUUUGGAGUUAGAAUUAAUACAAUCAGCAAAACAUCUGUCUAUCUUGCUUCAUUUCUAAUGGAGCAGCUUCAGAUGUGAAGAAAAGUAAAAGUGAAAGGAAGUACAUUUCUGUAAGAAGACAGAACAGGACAUCUGAGCAAGUACUGAACAUGCUUGGGUACUGCAUACUAUGCACAGUUUAUCAAACAACACAGCACACCACUGAGUGUCCCUUUUGCAUGAGUUUU